ACCAAACACAUCACUAUUACUAAAAUACCUUCGGGCGUGAGAGAGCCUUUUUAUACCGCUUUAUUGAUUUUGAAUGACUUUAGUCUGAAACAAAAAAUUGUGCAAAAUCUCAUAAACUUCACCACUAUUUCCACGCGUUAACAAUAUAUUUUACACUAAUUUACAUUACUAUGAAACUUGUAAGACGAAUAAGUACGUUGCGACCGUGACCCUCAAAUUAGGUUGACUACGUUUUGUAAGAAUUCCUCAGGUUUUUAAUGAAAUAAUAAAAGUUUAAAAACAAUACAAAACAGAAUUUGCUGGAGCUAUUAAUGUUUUAUUUAAUGAAAUAACAAUCUUAUAGUACAUAAGGUGUUAGGAAAAAAGUAUUUUCUGAUUUAAAGAAAGUACUAAAUGAUACGGGAAUUUAACGACUCGUCAGAUGAAGAUGAAAUGGAAAAUCACUACCAAACAGACCCGGAAUGUCUAGUUCUCACCCGACCAGAUCGUGAUAUGCACAAUCGUUGCUGCGGUGGCAAAGCUUGGUGUAUAAAAGACAUCUGUGGAAUAAUAUGUGCGGUGUUAACAUGGCUGUUGAUAUUGUAUGCGGAGUUUGUGGUGAUGAUGGUGAUGCUUCUACCAGGUGUAUCGACAUACCCUUUCUACAGCUAUUCCAAUAUUAUACUGUUCCAGACAUUAGCAUUCUUGGCUUUUGCAUCUCAUCUUAGGACAAUGUUCACUGACCCGGGUGCGGUACCAAAAGGGAAUGCAACCAAAGAAAUGAUAAAGCAAAUGAGUUUCCGUGAAGGGCAGGUGAUCUUUAAAUGUACAAAGUGUUGCAGUAUAAAACCAGAAAGGGCCCAUCAUUGCUCGGUGUGUCAGAGAUGCAUUAGGAAGAUGGACCAUCAUUGCCCGUGGGUUAAUAACUGUGUCGGUGAAAAUAAUCAAAAGUAUUUCGUACUAUUCACGUUCUAUAUAGCUGCAAUAUCUAUCCAUUCACUAACUCUGUCUGUAUAUCAAUUUGUGACAUGUAUAAGACAUGAGUGGCGUGACUGUAGUACAUAUUCUCCGCCGGCUACAGUCGUACUUUUACUGUUUCUGAUCGCUGAAGCUCUACUGUUUGCUAUAUUCACUGCGGUUAUGCUCGGAACUCAGUUACAUGCUAUAUGGAAUGAUGAAACGGGUAUUGAACAGUUGAAGAAAGAACAAGCGAGAUGGGUUCGUAAAUCAAGAUGGAUGAGCAUUCAGGCUGUUUUUGGUAGAUUUUCUUUAUUAUGGUUUUCACCGUUCACUCAACCUUCGGUCAAAACGAAACUAGAAAGUUAUUUAUAUAGUGUGUGAAAGCUUCAAAAACGCAAGGAAAUUCACUUAAUUUAUAAAGUCGGCUACACAUUAUAACUGUAUCAGGUGUAGUUGGUUUUUUUUAAUCUAAGGGAGUACUGAGGUGUGUUCUCACGUUUAAUAUCAAACAAAAGCAAUAUUUACUCGCAUUUUUAAAUGUGUUGUGUUUAAAUGAAAUGGUGUUUCGCAUAAUUAUAAUUGAUAUACCAAAUGUUUGCAUUUAUUAGUAACUUUCUCUCUUUGUGUUCCGAUUUAUACACACAAAUAUAUAUACAUAUUAUUAGCAAUAUAAUCCAGUUUACAACCGUUUUCAUGUUAAUAUCGUAUUUGCAAUAGUGCCUUAAAAUAAUAGAAUAAUAGAACAAGUUAAUAUAUAACCAAUUAACCAUACAUAAAGAAAUAUUUUUACUAACAAUUUCAUUUCUAGAACCAAACAGAAUACAACCAACAAUAUUUUUUCCAAAUUGCCUUUUAUGUUAUAAAAUGAAAUAGAUAAAUAUAUGAUUAUCAACAUAAUUUGAACUAUAAUUCACGGUUUUAUAUGUAUUUUAAUAAUUGUAAUAUUAAUAUUUUUGUUCUAAUGAAAUAAAUUGACAGAAAAAGUCACAUAAGAAAUGUUAACAGUUUUUGACAUGAAGAAUAUACAUUAUAUCUAUAUUUAUAUAUACAUUAUUGUUAUUGGAACACAAAUGGAGAAAAUGUAGUCGUGAAUUACAAUAUUUAAUGAAUUUUAUUGUUAUGAGUGCUUUACACUAAUUGCUUGUAGUGGGCUGUUCCCUAAUUAGUAUUAGAAUUAGAGUAAGAACGGAUAUGAACAAUUCCUUAUUAAAUUAUUCUAGUAUAUUCAAAUAUUGGGGCACAAAUGAAUUCCGGUAAUCAUCGGUGUGAUGGAUUUUUUAAUUUUGUUUUUUUUGGUUAGUACUAAUUUACACGAUUAUCGAGUGCAGAUGCUUAUAAUAAGACUAGUAUCGAAACCUAUGGAUUAAAAACUAAAUUAAUAAGCUUAUGUUCCCUAUGUUAAAUCUAUGAUAAAUAUUGAGAUCUAAUAUUAACGACGGACAUCUUGGUUUUAACAUUAUCCUGUCAAGGCCUUUCGUUUUUGAACGCGGCCAUUUUGGAUUUUUCAUAGUACACUGCUAAAGCCCUUUAAUUUAAUAUUGUUGAAUUGACUUAAAAAUAUAUUUUUUAGAUUUUUUAACUUUCUUCUUCCAGAUAAUUGAAAACAUCAAACUAAUAAAUUUACUAAAUACCGUUGACAGCUUGCAUUUGCAAUAUUAUAAUCAUCGAUACUCGAUCAAUCGUAAUGUAAAUUAGCUUUCCAGUUAUAGAUUGGCUUUUAAUUAACUCAGCAAUAUGUACGGUCAGAAAAAAAUAUCAAUAAUUAAGAUCGAUCCCAUUUUAAUUACUUUAUAUGUUAGGAAGUACAAAUAUAUACCUAUCGAAAGUAAUUUGAACGGUAGAUUGGGUUUUUAGAUUGCUGUUGCGAUUCUUAAAUCGGUAAUAAGGUAAAUGAAUCAUUUUUUUUUAUCAGAAAUGGAUUGAGAUAGAUUAUUGGGUUUGGCCGUUAGUAAAUUGGUUGUGGUAGGUAUGGCGUUUUGUAAUUAAUUUAAACGUCUUUAAUAUUUCACUCUGUCUCUGUCUCUUUCAUUCUCCGUGAAGUAAUUGAGACACCUAUACGUUUUCAUACAUGUUUCGUUAGUGGAAACACAAAAUUAUAUGAACAUUUCUGCCACAAUUAUAGAACAAACUUAAUUUAUUCCAAUCAAAAGUAACAGUUUAAUAAAGUUUUAAACUCAACAAUGAUCCCUCGUUGAGUUAUAAUGCUUUUUUUUAUUUAUUUUUAAGUUGAUAUUUUCCCAUGUGUAUAUAACUGUGUGUAUAUAAAAUGCAAUAUAUUCUUAAUUCUUAAAUCAUCUGUAUAAAUGAUAUUUUAUUGAAAGUAUUAUGAAUAUUAAUUUAAUUUUAGUUCUAUAUACACCAUUAUAUGCACCCUUUUUAUUCCAAUUCAAAAUGUUUCUUUUACAUAACUAUUGUACCAUAUUGAUGGUUUUAUUUUUUCCUGUUAUUUUUUAAUAUUUCUAUCUAUUCCAUUGUUUUGUUUUUAAUUAUUGACACUUUUUGUAUAGGGAGAAUACUUUAAAUUAACUCACAAUUUUAAGCAAGUUUUGUUCUAUCGUAGCAUUUUUUAAUAUUCACAUAAUAUUCCAAAACACAA